AUGCGAUGGAUCAUACGAUGGUCGACCAAUCCCUAUUGCGCUUUGGUCAUUAUUGUCAUUGCGUGUGGCGGGAUUCCGAAGGUGACGUUUGCUAAUUACGCAUUGUCCUCAAUAGGUUAUGAUGAGGGUGGCUAUAGUGCUAGCGUCUCCCUCCCCUCCUUCACGUCCGAGUACAAUCUCGCCAACCACUUGAGCGACACGGAGCUAGCCAACCGGAAAGCGAACAUCACCUCCUUCAACGUCCUCGGCGCAGCACUUGGAGCCCUAAUAGCCCUCGAUCUCAAUGAUCGACUCGGACGCUUGGUGACGUGGCGUCUAUCAUGUAUCGUCUGGGCAAUAGGGACAUUGAUCCAGGUAUUCGCAUCCGGUAUAUACGGACUGCUCUUGUUUAGUCGAAUAUGGGGCGGGUUAGGCGCGGGCGCUCUAACUGUGACCGCACCAAUGUAUUUAGCCGAAAUAGCCCCUGCUAAGACAAGAGGCCUGGUCGUCGGGAUAUACAUGGUAAUCUUACUGACCUUCUUAGCCAUGGGAUUCUUUAUCAACUAUGGCGCCAGGGUCCACAUGGCGAUCACGCGAACCCAAUACCGCCUAGUUCAGGCUGUGCCCUUAAUCCCUGUCGGGAUCGCAUAUGGUCUAUCGUACCUUUGUCCCGAGACUCCACGGUAUCUCGUAUCGAAACAGCUUCACCAGCAAGCACUAGAGGCUCUAGCACGGCUACGUGGCCGGGCGAUCGAUGAUCCCGAAAUCGCAAAGGAGUUCACAACUAUCGAUGCACGAGAGCGAGAACGAACAGACUUAGCAUCUGUCUCUCAUUGGACUAUAUUCAAGGAGACCCAAACGAACCCGAACUACAGACAGCGCUUCUGGCUGCUACUUACUAUGCAAACUAUUGCUCAGUGGACCGGCGGGAACGGUAUCACAUACUACGUAACAAGCAUAUUCCAGUACGCCGGCGUCCGCGGAGAUGCAACAUCCCUCGUAUCCUCCGGCGCAUACGGGAUCGUCAAAUUAAUCUUCACAAUGGCCUUCACAUGGGGUCUAAUCGACCUCCUCGGUCGACGUCGCUGCACACUCGCCGGACUAAGUAUGCAGCUUGGAGCCCACAUCUACAUGGGUAUAUACAUGGGUCUGCGUCCAGAGUCGGCAGACAACAAAGACGCCUCCAAUGCAGCCGUCGCUUCAGUGUUUGUUUACGCUGUCGGAUGGUCCAUCGGUCUCUGUACAGUGCCCUACCUGUACGGCACGGAGAUCUUCCCAACACGCAUCCGAAACCUCAGUUAUGCGAUUAGUAUGGGACUGCACUGGUUUUUCCAGUUCGCCGUUGUGCGAGUUACAGCGAAUAUGUUCGUCUCGCUUGAUGUCUGGGGUGCCUAUCUCUUCUGGGCGCUUAUUUGCUUUUCUGGGCUGAUUAUCCUUGGGGUUUGGAUGCCUGAGACGAAGGGGGUGCCUAUUGAGCGGAUGGGGGAUUUGUUUGAUGGGCCGUGGUAUCUGCGAUGGCGGGCUACGCCGAGGGAAUGGGAUGUUUCGACUGAUAUGGCGCGACAUGAGUUGAAGGAUGGUCGGGUCUUGAAGGAUGGUUUGGUUUUGUGA